CGCGCCCGCCCCCGGCUUCGCCUCCCGCCGCCUCCCGCCGUCUCCCGCCGCCGCCGCUUCCCCGCGGCCUGGGCCUCCGCCGCCAGCAUGCCGCACGCCUUCAAGCCCGGGGACCUGGUGUUCGCCAAGAUGAAAGGCUACCCGCACUGGCCGGCCCGGAUCGAUGACAUUGCUGAUGGCGCCGUGAAGCCCCCGCCCAACAAGUACCCCAUUUUCUUCUUCGGCACACACGAAACGGCCUUCCUGGGACCCAAAGAUCUGUUCCCCUACGACAAGUGCAAAGAGAAGUACGGGAAACCCAACAAGCGGAAAGGCUUCAAUGAGGGCCUCUGGGAAAUCCAGAACAAUCCACAUGCCAGCUACAGUGCCCCUCUGCCCGUGAGUUCCUCCGACAGCGAGGCCCCUGAGCCCGACCGAGCAGGCGGCAGCAGUGACGAUGGCGAGCGGGGGGUCAUGGCCGUGACAACUGUCACCACCUCGGUCACCAGCGACAGGAUGGAGAGCAACUCGGACUCUGACAAGAGCCUGAAGCGGAAGGCGGCCAACCUGAAGAUGUCUUCGUCCAAGCGAGCACGGAAGGCCCCCAGCGACGUGGAACCAGCCAGUGGGUCCCCAUCAGAUGGGGAGAACUCAGAGAGUUCAUCUGAGUCUGAGAAGACCAGCGACCAGGACUUCACUCCUGAGAAGAAAACCGUGGCCCGGGUCCCACGGCGGGGUCCCUUGGGGAGACGGAAGAAAAAGGCGCCCUCAGCCUCUGACUCGGACUCCAAAGCAGAAUCGGACCUGGCCAAGGGCGAGCCGGUGGCCACGGCCCCGUCUCCUUCCUCCUCCUCUUCUUCCUCUUCCUCCUCCUCCUCCGACUCAGACUCUGAGGUGUCUGUUAAGAAGCCCCAGCGGGGCAGAAAGCCAGCCGAGAAGCCUCCCCCAAAACCCCGGGGCCGGAAGCCCAAGCCCGAGCGGCCACCCAGUAGCAGCCCCAGUAGUGACAGCGACAGCGAUGAGGUGGACCGCAUCAGCGAGUGGAAGCGGCGGGACGAGGCGCGGCGGCGGGAGCUGGAGGCACGACGGCGGCGGGCCCAGGAAGAGGAGCUACGGCGGCUGCGGGAACAGGAGAAGCAGGAGAAGCAGGAAAAAGACAAGGAGCGGCGGCGGGGUCGGGCUGAGCGUGGGGAUGCUCCAGGCAGCGGCGGCAGCAGCGCCGAUGAGCCGCCAGAGGAUGAUGAGCCAGUCAAGAAGCGGGGCCCACGCGGCCGCAAGGGCCGGGCUCCCCCAACCUCCUCGGACUCGGAGCCUGAUGCCACCGACCUAGAGAGAGAGGCCAAGAAGUCGGCCAAGAAGCUGCCAGCGGCUGGUGCGGAGCCUGUGCGCAGGGCCAGCCAGAAGGAGAAGAGGGGGCGCUCCGAGGAGAGGCCCCGAGCCAGGCCUGUGAAGUUGGAGCGUCCCCGGAAGCGGUCCGAGGGAUUCUCGCAGGAUCGGAAGGUGGACAAGAAGAAAGAACCUUCUGUGGAGGAGAAGCUGCAGAAAUUGCACAGCGAAAUCAAGUUCGCCCUCAAAGUUGACAAUCCGGAUGUGAAGAGGUGCCUGAGCGCACUGGAGGAGCUGGGGACCCUGCAGGUAACCUCGCAAAUCCUCCAGAAGAACACAGACGUUGUGGCCACGCUCAAGAAGAUUCGCCGCUACAAGGCCAACAAGGAGGUGAUGGAGAAGGCGGCCGAGGUCUACACUCGCCUCAAGUCCCGGGUGCUGGGCCCCAGGAUGGAGGCAGCACCCAAGGUGAGCCGCAGCGGCACAGAAACAACCAAGGCCGAGGAGGUGCUGGCUGGAGAAGAGGUGCCCGCCGAGAAGCCUGGGGAGCAGGCCGGAACAGACUUAGCGCCAGUCAACGGAGAAGCCGCAUCCCAGAAGGGAGAGGAGCCUGACAAAGAGCCAGAGGAGACGCCUGCCUCGGAGGAGGGGCCCCGGGGCAGCCCGUCUGAAGACCCAUCGCACAAUGACAGUGCCCGGGAGGGCAGCGAACGGCCAGAGCCCCCCCAGGGGCAGCUGGACUCGGAGUCGGUGGACGAGGAUGACAGCUGAGCCAUGGCCGACCAUCCGUCCAUCUGUCCGCCCACCCGCCUGCCUGUCGGCACCACCCCAGCUCCCUCGGCCCCCGGGGAGCAGAGAACUAACUGUCGGGGAGUUCGCCGCUCUUUGUAUUUGUCCCCCGGGUUCUUUUCUGCCUCAUUUCUGUGAUUUCCAGCCACCAUGAAAUGACUAUAAAGGG